UUGGGGUUGCCAUGGUGAUGCCUGUAAACAAAUUUGGAUCAUCACAGGUCACCUGUGACCAGUGACCAGUAAGUGCUGUCUGAUACCGGACACACUUGCCACUCAGGUCAGUUGAUCAGACAAGGACAAACAAUUCUCUUGCUCCAUUGUACUGUGGAUUGCUGAUACUCUCCCUCCGACCAUGGCAGAAAAUUUCCAAAGUGCACCUUUCUUUGGAACAGAAUGUGCUAUGCAGUCCUCUGUGCCUGGGCUGAGGAAUGCCAUGCCCUUAGCAGGAAGUGUGUGCAACUUCUCCAGGGUCUCUACCCCAGCUGUGAGUGCAGCAUGGUUCCUGCCAUCAGACUCCAGCACUUGUUGCCAGCAGCUCAUGGACAGUUCCUACCCCUACCUACCAGUUGGCACAACCAUGGUGACUGCGCUGACUGACCAGGGAGAGAGCUCUGCCUCAGCACUCUCCUAUCUAGGUGUUCUCCAGGGGGAUCCAAUGGGAAACACUGACCAGAGGGGAGCUGCACUCCAGGACUUCACUGUAACUGUCAUUGACCAGAAUACCACAUGCUCCUCCUUCUCUAUGACAGCCCAGGGUGAUAAUAUUUUAGAUCCCAAUGCCUUAGUCCUCUCCUAUCCAACACUUUCUGCCAGCUUUUUUCAGGCCACACCACUACAGGUACCAAAUCAAAGAUACAGCCUAGCACCUUCCUACCUGGAGGGCACCCAGGUCUAUUACAAUGACUUCAACAGCCUGGGCCCUCUGAUGCCUGGAGAACUCAGGUACUGCCUGCAGGCCUGUGGCUCUGUGUCCUCCUCUGGGGGUCAGGCCUCUGCCCUGCAACCAGAGAUGGUGAUGAUGCCAAUGGAGAUUCAGUCAACAAAUGUCCAAACACCCUUCUCCACAUCUGCCAUCUACUAUCCCACACCUGCUCAAGACAAAACAGACACCAAUCUUCAAGUGGAGAAAAUGGAGACAACCUUGGGAUUGACAGCUGCAGGCCAGACACUCUGUCUGUUGCAGAGUCCAGACCUCUGGAAUGCCUGCAUGCAGGAUGUUCAGAAGUCACCACCUGUCCAUGGGGACUGGUCAUUAACUGUCCCCAUCGACAGUCCUUCAGAAUUCCUGCCCUUGCCUCCUGCUCCAAUCUUGGAACAAACAGACAAUAACGACUUGGAUUUGAUGACAGAUGAUCUAUCAACUCCUCUGGAUGCCUAUGAGGGCAUAAAAGAAAACCAAGACCCAUCACUUCUCCCUUUAGCACAUGCCAACAUGCAGCAGGCCCUGAACUACACUGAUUCAGGGAGCCUAAAACAGAAGCUUUCUCCUGACAAUGCCACCUUGGGAAGCAGCAGCCUUGGUCAGGAUGAGCCUGGGCUGCUGCAGAGUGUGAUGGACUCCAGCAUGGGCUUUGCAGACAUGACUACACUGGUGGCAGAUAUUCACCUUCCCAGACUCUUCAACUCAAUCACUGAUAGGAACCCAUUGCAAGAUCCCACAGCAAGCCAAUCCAAAGACAUCAGCAGGGAUCAGGUCCAGGAAAGCUCCAGCACCAUCAGUGUACCCAUGGACCAAGUGAGAAAGGAUAGCCAGAAAGCCUCUGAGAUGCUAGAUGGGUCUCCUCAGGCCAGAAUCCAGCUCCAGGACCUGGAGGAAGAAGAGGCUGUGGUGAGUGCUGGGUCCAGUGAAGGGGCUAUUGACAACAUGCCUAAGAACUUGGAGGACAAUGCCCAGAAAGCCACACCCAGCAUGCCCAGCAGAGCAAGGGCUCAGGAGCAAGACAAGACCAAGAGAUCCAGAGAAAACAACUGCAAGAAAACAGAGGAGCUUAAGCAGUCAAGGAACAGAGUCAAGGCAGAAGAAAACACCACCAUGCCAAAGAACAAGAGGAAGAGGAAUCCACCUGAGCUCAGCCACAACAGCUUGAAAAAGCCUCGAACUCACCUUGGCAUGCACAUGCUAGAAUCCGUGCAAAUCUUUCACCCACUGGGGAAGAAGAGCGAGAAGAAAACUGGCAUCUCUUCCUCCCGGGUUCAGCCAAACUGCAGCAGCAACAAAGAUCCCAGGACAGGCCCAGCCACCACAUCACUUCUGGAUGUGCCCUGCAAUGGCCGAGGCCCUGGUAAAACCCCGGGCAAUGCUCAGAGAACACAGAGAAAUGCUUACAGGGAUGGUCGUCCAUCUCCAUCCCAGUAUGAGCUGCCCCCACCUGGGAAGGUCAAGUUAGUACCUCUAGCUUUUCCAGCCCUGGACAUGCCACAAGCAAGACCUAUUUCUAAAAAGCCUCUCUCCCUGGCUUCACACAGGGCCCCUGCACUGUACCCUGUGAGACCUCAUUCUAACUCAGCUCAGUCUACCACACUCAAGCCUUCUAAACCAGCUCCUGCCAGCACUUCUUUGAUGGCCUCUGACAAGCCAGUUCUGCCUAUUGCUACCAGUGCCACACGAGAUAACAUAACCAACCCCAUCCAGUCUUGCCCUGGGCCUCAGCCAGCUGUCUGUAGGCCAGUAUCCUACAGGGCAUCAUCUCACCCUUCACUACAGAGGGAGCUUGCCUCUGCUGACAAGAACAAGGCCCCAUCACCUCCCAAACCUCAAAUCCAACAUCUACUGCAAGACUUCAGCCGCCAACCAAUUCCAUGGAGGAAUGUCGACAUUCCAGGGCCAGUCAUCUCACAGCCCAUCACAGAAGAGCAGAGGCCAGAGAGGGAGGCCAUGAAGAGGCGGGCUCAACAGGAGAGAGAGAAUGCUGCCAAGUACACCUCUCUGGGAAAACCACAGCUUUUCCUUCAGAGGGAGAAGGAUAUGGAAAUUUCCAGAUAUUUUGGCUAUGUCAUGUAAGGGCUGGCCUAGCAUUUGGAACACAGUAUUCUUCAAGAUAGAGAAGUGGUGCAAACGGAGACUUCCCUGGGAAUCAUACCUCAAGCCAGAGACUCCAUCAGCUGCAGAAUGGAACUCUGCUACUCCUACACCCUGGAUUACCAGAUGAGGACACCACCUGUUAAUGGGCACAAGUCAUGAACUACCCUCAACCACAACCUUCAGAAUUCCUGGCAUUGCCACAAGCUCCAUGCCUGGAAAAAACAGAGAAUGACAACCUGCAUGAGAUGGCAGCAAAUCUGUCAGUGCUUCUGGAUGCCUAUGAGUGCACGAAAGAACACCAAGACCCAUCUCUACUCUCUUUAACACACCCUGACAUGCAGCAUCCCUUGCACUUCACUGAUGUUGGGAGCCUAGGGAGAAGCUUGCUUCUGACAAUGCCACAUUGGGAAGCAGCAGUCUUGGUCAGGAUGAGCCUGGGACAUGCACAGUGUGUUGGUCUCCAGCAUGGACUUUGCAGACAUGACUACACUGGUGGCAGAAUUUCACCUCCCCAAAUGUUCAACCCACUCUCUGAACUGAACCAAUUCCAGUUUCUCACAGCCAACCAAUGCAGAGACUCCAUCGUCAUCAGGAGCGAUUCACACCCUUAAACCAGGUGAAGAGGAAGGAAGAGAAAAGCCCUCAUCUGAUUGAUGGAGAUUCUCUGGCCAGAAUCUAGUAUCAGGACCUGGUGGAGGGACAGACCCUGAGAACACUGCUAUGGCUAGAGAAGGUGAAAUUGACAACAUCACCCAGUAUAUAGAGGGCAAAACUCAGAAAGCCACACUCUGCAGGCCCAGCAGACCUAGGAAUCAUAGAAGACAACACCAAGAGUACUAGAGAAAUCAACUCCAAGAAAGCUGAGGGAGCUGACGCUAUGAAGUCACAGAGUCUAGACAGAAUACAAGCCCACUGUCCUCAACAACAAGAAGAUCAAUGCACCUGAGCUCAAUCCUGAUGGCUUUGAAAAGCCUCAAAACCACCUCGGAGAGCACAUGCUGGAGUCUGUGAAGGUCUGUCAUCACUGUGGAAGAAGGGUAAGAAGAAAACUGGCAUCUCCGGAACCUUGAACUCUUUGUGCCACUCUGUGCUCUAAUAGUGACAGAGUUGGUCACACUUUAGCCUCUGGGGCAAUUGCCAUUUUCUUUAUCCAGGAUUACAUAUAGCAAGCAGAAUUCAUUUAUUUAUUAACUCACUUUUAGUUUCUUGAAUUGGGACCCACUCCAUACCCAGCAUCUCCUAGAACUGACUACAUGGAACAGGCAAUCACUGAACUCAAAAAGAUCUGCCUGCUUCCCCCUCUGCAACAACCUCCAUCUCAGCCUCUGCCUCCCCUACAGCCUCCACAUCUGCACACUCCUAGGCCACUGUCUCAAGUGUGCUGGGACGAAAGGAAUUCUCCUACCAGCAGGGUGGAAUCAACGUUUAUUUUCUAUACCCAUGGAUAACCAUGUGUACUCCAGGGUACAUUUUUGGUACAUACCUAAACUCCAAAGAGACUAAGCCACAUGUUUUUACAAAUGCAACUUAACUAAGAUUCAUUUUUCCUCCGACAAUCUGUCUUGUUUCAGUUGUAGGCUCUACUUGUUACAAUGCCCUUGAAGCACUGACCUCUUAUGAGGUGUGCUCAUGCUAUCUUGAGUAUUUUCUCCUUUUGUAUUAAAGUUAUGAUUGCUUUUCUACUUCUAAGGAGUAGGGAAUCUCAGAAAUAUUAUUCACCCUCUCCAUAGAGACUCAUGGUGCAACUUUCUUCACAAUAUCUAACUCCCAACUAUGGUUUAUGUCCAACAUUGUUCGUUCUAACAAGGCCUAAGUCCAGUCUAACUCACCUAGAAAAUAUUAACAAGCCUAGCAUGAAAAGAUCCUACUACCUGAAUGCAAUGAUCCUCACAGGGACAAAUUUGAGUACAGCAGAAUGAUGGAAAGCAAUAUCUUAGGGAGGCCUCUGGUUUUAUCACUCUCUGUGUGUGGCUUAGUGACAUAUUUGACCACUGCCAUCAGACUCCUGUGUUCAUCUUAUCCCCUAGAAGCAGUAGAAACACAUUUGGAUGGAUAUCUUCUAAUCUUGGUAUUAUUUUAAACUUUAUGUAUUCAAACUAAGGGUCUUGUAAAAUAAUCCUUAUUAAAGAAACUCAGGAAGCACUUUUGAUAUUAAAGCAAUUCACACAAUGCUGUACCUGUAUUGAA